AUGGCGGGAACCCAACAAAAACGCCAAAGAGAAGAAUCCCGUGAAGAAGAAGCAGAAGCUAGCCGAGUUGAGUUUGGUAAGCGUCAAAACUCGCACAAUAGCAUACUCUCCAUUCUUGAUGAUGAGCAAGAGUAUGACCCAAAUCAAGAUUUAUCAGCAAUUUUCACAACCCUUCAAAAAGAACUCUCAUGUUCAAGUACUACUUCCACUUCCACUUCCACCACCACCUUCGACUUUGACCAUCUGCUGUCCAUCACGGGGGAAGAAGCUGAGUUAGAAUUAGAUUGUCAACAUGACCAAGCUGCCGGCGGUAAGGAAAAUGAUGAAGAGAAAGACGACGGCGUUAGAGUAAUGAAACACCUCCUUGAAGCUUCUGAUGAUGAGCUUGGGAUACCUAACAGAGUGGAUGGAGAAAUAAAUUCAAGCGAAAAUCCUCCUCCCUUUGCCUUUUCCGAUGGACUGUGGGAGCUUGAAGAUGAGACUUCUUAUUACUAUUCGAUUUUGCAGUCUGAACUUUUUAUGUAA